AUGUCUAAGAACGCUGUUGGUAUUGAUUUGGGUACUACUUACUCCUGUGUUGGUGUCUGGCAAAACGAUCGUGUUGAAAUCAUUGCAAACGAUCAAGGUAACCGUACUACUCCCUCCUUUGUCGCUUUUACCGAUACCGAACGUCUUAUCGGUGAUGCUGCAAAGAAUCAAGUAGCUAUGAACCCUCAUAACACUGUCUUUGACGCCAAACGUAUGAUCGGUCGUCGUUUCCACGAAGACGAGAUUCAGUCUGAUAUGAAACACUGGCCUUUCAAGGUCAUCAACAAGGAUGACAAGCCUCAAAUCCAAGUUGAAUUUAAGGGUGAGACCAAGGUCUUCACACCCGAAGAGAUUUCCUCCAUGAUCCUGGUCAAGAUGAAGGAAACCUCUGAAGCCUAUUUGGGUGGCACCGUUGAUUCUGCUGUCAUCACCGUCCCUGCUUACUUUAACGACUCUCAACGUCAAGCUACCAAGGAUGCUGGUGCCAUUUCUGGCUUGAAUGUCCUGCGUAUCAUCAACGAACCUACUGCUGCUGCCAUUGCUUAUGGUUUGGAUAAGCAAGCCAAGGGCGAAACCAAUGUCUUGAUCUUUGAUUUGGGUGGUGGUACUUUUGAUGUGUCUCUCUUGACCAUUGAAGAUGGUAUCUUUGAAGUCAAGGCUACUGCUGGUGAUACUCACUUGGGUGGUGAGGAUUUCGAUAACCGUCUUGUCGAUCACUUUAUGCAAGAAUUCAAGCGUAAGUUCAAGAAGGAUAUCUCUGGUAAUGCUCGUGCUGUCCGUCGUCUCCGUACUGCUUGUGAACGUGCCAAGCGUACCUUGUCUUCUGCCGCUCAAACCACCAUUGAAAUUGAUUCUCUCUUUGAGGGUGUUGAUUUCUACACCUCUUUGACUCGUGCUCGUUUCGAAGAAUUGAACCAAGAUCUCUUCCGUAAGACCAUGGAGCCUGUGGAGAAGGUCCUCCGUGAUGCCAAGAUUGAUAAGGGCUCUGUUCACGAUAUCGUCCUCGUUGGUGGUUCCACUCGUAUUCCCAAGGUUCAAAAGAUGGUCUCUGACUUCUUCAAUGGCAAGGAACCUAGCAAGUCUAUCAACCCUGAUGAAGCUGUUGCCUAUGGUGCCGCUGUCCAAGCUGCCAUCUUGACUGGUAAUACAUCUGAAAAGACUGAUUCUCUCUUGCUUUUGGAUGUUGCUCCUCUCUCCCUCGGUAUCGAAACUGCUGGUGGUGUCAUGACUCCUCUUAUCAAGCGUAACACUACUGUUCCUACCAAGAAGUCUGAAAUCUUCUCUACCUAUGCCGAUAACCAACCUGGUGUCCUCAUUCAAGUUUUUGAAGGUGAACGUGCUCGUACCAAGGAUAACAACAUUCUCGGUAAGUUUGAGCUCUCUGGUAUUCCUCCUGCUCCUCGUGGUGUUCCUCAAAUCGAAGUUACCUUUGAUGUUGAUGCCAACGGUAUUUUGAAUGUCUCUGCUCUUGACAAGACCACUGGUAAAUCCAACAAGAUCACUAUUACCAACGAUAAGGGUCGUCUCUCCAAGGAAGAUAUCGAGCGUAUGGUCAACGAUGCUGAAAAGUACAAGGCUGAAGAUGAAGCUGCUGCUGCUCGUAUCCAAGCCAAGAAUGGUCUCGAAUCCUAUGCUUACAACCUCCGUAACACUCUUCAAGAUGAAAAUGUUGGUGGCAAGUUACCUGAGGAAGACAAGGAGAAGAUCAAGAACGCUUCUGAUGAAUGUAUCAAGUGGUUGGAUGACUCACAAGAAGCUUCCAAGGAAGAAUACGAGUCUCGUCAAAAGGAACUCGAGGAAAUCGUCAACCCCAUCAUGAUGAAGUUCUACCAAGCUAACGGUGGUGGUGCUCCUGGCGGUGCUCCUGGCGGAUUCCCUGGUGGUGCUCCUGGUGGCGCAGCUCCUGGUGGCGACUCUGGACCUACUGUUGAAGAGGUUGAUUAA